AUGAUGAAGACCACGUUAGCUAUGCUUUUGAUCCUUUUUGUUUUCUCUUCAAAAUCCUCUGCAACUGAUGAAAGUGUUCCAGUGUAUGACGUCAAUGGCGAUGAGCUCCGCCCUGGCGUUCAAUAUUACGUCGUGUCAGCAAUAUGGGGUGCUGGUGGUGGCGGGUUAUAUCUAGGGGAAGGCAGAAACAAAACGUGCCCAUAUGAUGUUGCCCAAGAAAGGUCCGACCUGCUUCGUGGCAUUCCAGUGACAUUUUCUUCAGUGGACACCGAGGGUGGUGUUAUCCACGAAUCAAUUGACCUUAACAUCAAGUUCAUCCCUCCCCAACCUACAGCUUGUUCCCAAUCAACAGUGUGGAAGGUGGACUGCUAUGACGAAUCAGUGGGAGAAUGGCUCGUGACAACUGGUGGGUCGGAAGGUGACCCACAGGCUUUGUCCAGCCUGUUUAGGAUUACUGCGGCUCCUGGCGGUAUCUCCUAUAAACUUGCUCUCUGUCCUUCAGUGUGUGAGUCAUGCAAAAAAUAUUUAUGCAGCGAGAUCGGAAGAUAUUCAUCUGGUUUUGACUCCCUGAUACGCCUAGUUCUAAGCGACGACGGAUGGCCUUUUGUAUUUAUCAAAGCCAGUGAUGAGGUUCUAAAACAAGUUGUCAAUGUCUGA